AUGCUCUCCCUGCGCGUGGUCCGCAGACUCUGUGCCGUCGCUGACACCGCCGCCGUCGCCGCCAUCGCCGCCGGCCUCUCCCAGCCCAAAUCCAAGUCCCCUCUCGUCUCCUCCACCGACAGCAUUGGCCCCCCAUCAUCCCCUGACGACCCUCCCCACCCUGCUCCAGCUGAUUCAAUCCUUCCGACGAGCCAGCCCCCACAACCCGUUUCUGAAUCUAAACAGGAUCCAGGCUCAGACCUAGGGCUCGUCUCUGAGCCUGCUCUGACGAGGCUCAAGAAGCAGAGGGACCCGGAGAAGCUCUUCCUCAUCUUCCAGUCCAAUGCCCAGAACCGCCUCGUCGUCGAGAACCGCUUCGCCUUCGAGGACACGGUCGCCCGCCUCGCCGGUGCCCGCCGCAGCGACCUCAUCGAGCAGCUUCUCGAGCAGCAGAAGGCUUUGCCGCAGGGCCGGCGAGAAGGGUUCGUCAUGCGCAUCAUCACGCUCUACGGGAAGGCCGGGAUGCCCGGCCACGCCCUUAGGACGUUCGACGAAAUGCCUCUAUACGGCUGCCCGAGAACUGUCAAAUCCUUCAACGCCACCCUUCGGGUCCUCUGCAAAUCUCGAUGCCUCGACUGGAUUCAGACCUUCGUGGAGCAUGCUCCUGCUAAAUACGGGAUACUGUUGGAUGAGAUCUCCUACAACAUAUUCAUCAAGGUUCUGUGUGAAGCGGGCAGCCUGGAGUCUGCUUACCUCGUCAUGGUGGAGAUGGAGAAGGUGAAGAUCAAGCCCGACGUUGUCACCUACACCACUCUCAUGGCUGCGUUUUACAAGCACGGGCGGCGAGAGAUCGGUGCCGGGCUGUGGAACCUGAUGGUGCUCAGAGGAUGCCCGCCGAACCUCGCCGCCUUCAACGUCAGGAUCCAGCAUCUGAUCAACAGGAACAAGGCGUGGCAGGCGAAGAACUUGAUGAAGAAGAUGGCGGGUUCCGGUAUCAAUCCCGAUGAGUUGACCUUCAAUCUGAUCAUAAAGGGAUUCUGCCGAAUGGGUGAGAUCGAAACGGCGAAACGGAUCUUUCUGGCCAUGCGCGACAGCGGCUGCCAGCCCAACAGCAAGAUCUACCAGACGAUGGUCCAUUAUCUCUGCAAGGCCAGGGAAUUCGAGCUCGCGUGCAGGCUAUGCCGGGACAGCAUGGAGAAAAGCUGGUUCCCGAGCAUUCCAACCAUGCAGAACCUGCUCGAAGGGCUGAUGUCCAUCUCCAAGGCCCAGAGCGCGGAGGAGAUCAUAAGCUUGGUUCGUGCCAGGGUUCCUCCGUACUCCGCGCGCGAGAUGGAGUCCCUUCGAUCUGCGGCUUCCCCUACCAGGAGGAGAUGA